AUGGACAGUGAAGACAAAGAUAAAGAGGGAAAACAACUCUUAAAGGCUGUUAUGAGACACUGGCUUUCUGCUGGAGAAGCUCUUCUGCAGAUGAUUACCAUCCACCUACCAUCACCAGUGACUGCUCAGAGGUACCGCUGUGAGCUGCUGUAUGAAAGACCACCUGAUGAUGAAGCCGCUAUGGGCAUAAAAAACUGUGACCCCAAAGGUCCAUUAAUGAUGUACAUCUCAAAAAUGGUGCCCACCACUGAUAAGGGAAGGUUCUAUGCUUUUGGAAGAGUCUUCUCUGGUGUUGUCUUCACUGGCCUCAAAGUCAGAAUUAUGCGACCAAAUUAUACUCAAGGAAAGAGAGAGGACCUUUACCUGAAGCCUAUCCAGAGGGCCAUCCCGAUGAUGGGGCGUUAUGUGGAGCCAAUUGAAGACAUUCCAUGUGGUAACAUUGUGGGCUUGGUUGGUGUUGACCAGUUCCUGGUGAAAACUGGGACAAUCACCACUUUCGAACAUUCACACAACAUGCGUGUUAUGAAGUUCAGUGUCAGCCCUGUAGUGUGUGUGGCUGUAGAAGCAAGGAACCCUGCUGAUCUUCCAAAACUUGUGGAGGGUCUCAAGCGUCUGGCUAAGUCGGACCCUAUGGUGCAGUGCAUCAUUGAGGAAUCUGGAGAACAUAUUGUAACGGAUCACCUGGCACGCCGACUGGGUACCUCCGUUGAAGGAUGCUCCUAGCGCUUCCUGAGGACUCCAAGCACUGCAGCAGACAACAAAACCACCGAACCGUAGGAGCAUAUGAAUGCUCUCAAGCAUAUGAAUGUUGUAUACAGCCGAAUAGGAAAAACCAUGCGAAUAGGUUUACACUCCUAGCAGUCAAACUGGAACAGCAUACAAUAAAUCCUCCCCCGAUAAUGAGACGACACUUCACUUUGAGGGUUAAGCAGGAACUGACUGUACUGGCACAUACAGCCUCUUUUAUUCCCAAUCCACAAACGUAGUACUGCCCACAGGGUUUUACAGAACAACCAAUCAAUCUGUACAAUACACACAGACACUCCCACACAAAAUCCUCCCCUCUGCCUGUGAUACAAUUACCUUACACAAUGGGUAAUCUAAUUAUCACAGACAGAUAAAUACAGUUUCAUAAAACACAUCACAGGGACCCCAAAACAUGCAAUAACCCCAUAAAGUAUAUCCUUGGAACCGGGGGAUCUGGGUGAACCACAUAUCCAAAAUUCAUCCAGAUCCGUUCAGUACUUUGGAAGAUACAGUUUAAGCACCGUGUUGAAAAGUCCAAACAGUAUCUGUGAGUUAAAAUGGCCGCCAUCCAUUGUUCUCACCAUGUGCUUCAUCCAUUGUUCUCACCAUAUGCCUCUGAUACAGGAAAUGGUGGCCACCCAGUAACUCCACAGUAUGUCCCCAGAUGGUUCUUAAAGGGCAGCACAACACAAAUCCAUUAUGCCCAAAUCAUGUCUUUAAAGGGCAAUACAUCCCAGGGGCCAUAGUCACAUGGCAAGAGGCUGGCAAUCAGUCUUCUCCAAUGCCCAGUGGUGAGGUCGGUUUCGCCACACAUAUUGUAGAACAUAUUGUAUAUGAAGGCCCGUCCAUUUCCUGACGGCCUUGCUAAGGAUAUUGACAAAGGAGACUUGAGUGCCCGCCAAGAGUUGAAAAUUUGUGCCUGUUACAUGGCAGAGUGGGAUGUUACAGAGACUAGGAAGAUCUGGUGUUUUGGCCCUGACGGUACUGGACCAAACAUCCUGACUGAUGUGACAAAAGGAGUACAAUAUCUUAACAAAAUAAAAUACAGUGUUGUGGCUGGCUUCCAGUGGGCCACAAAAGAGUGUGUUCUCUGUGAAGAGAACUUGAGAGCUGUACAAUUUGAUGUUCAUGAUGUGACUCUUCAUACUGGUGCCAUUCAUAGAGGUGGUGGACAAAUCAUUCCUACAGCCCAUCGUUGCCUAUAUGCAUAUGUGUUGACAGCCAAGCCCCGUCUGAUGGAACCAAUCUAUCUUGUGGAGAUUGAGUGCCCUGAGCAGAUAGUUGGAGGCAUUUAUGGUGUCUUGAACAGAAAGCGUGGACACAUCUUUGAAGAAUCUCAAGUGGCAGGCACACCAAUGUUUAUAGUGGAAGACUAUCUGCCAGUCAAUGAAUCAUUUGGGUUCACUGCAGACCUAAGAUCAAACACUGGUGGCCAGGCCUUCCCACAGUGUGUAUUUGAUCAUUGGCAAAUUCUUCCUGGAGAUUCAUUUGACAAUGCCACCAGUCCAAGCCUAGUUGUGGCCGAAACCGACAAGAGGAAGGGUCUGAAGGAAACUGUUCAAGCUUUGGAUAACUUCUUGGACAAGCUGUGAUUUUCCCAUCUGUUCUCUGCCCAACACCAUGACUGGCUUAGGGAAAUGGACUCUAAACUUUUUGGGUGAUGACUUUUUUUUUUUUUUUAAAAGAAGCUUACCCUUUACCUUCCUAUUGUACUAAAGUGAGACAUCCCCAUAACAUUCCUCUUGAUGUUUCACUGUAGUUUUGGGAAGACGAUUUAUUAUAUUUUGUGAGCUCUCCUUAUCUUGUAUCUGGGGUAGCUCAUGAAAUUGCAGUCUUCUGAUGGGGUGGUUGGUGCCAGACAAUAAGUUGUAAUACUGCGCAGUCACGGCAUGAAUAUAAACAACGAAUUAGAGCGAAUUAAAGAAAA